UCGUGACCAGGACCAGCUUGGGUUGUGCGGUAGAGUGUUUGCAUGGGAGGAAUUACAGUGGCGGAGGGCGCGCGGGCGUGGUGGUUUUGCAAUUGAAUUGGCCGUCAGAGAUGGAAGCAGAAAAGCGGGUCCUUGUGCGCACCUUUCUCGUUCUCUCCCUGGUCUCCGUGGCGUCGAUUUCUGUGAUCUACAUCUUGUCUCUGCACCCAGCGGAGAGCAAUUCUGCUUCUCGUCCUCCUCCUCCUACUCCUUCUCCGCCCCCUCCUCCACAUUCUGUAUGUUGGGAUGGGCCUGCACUCUUUCAGCGGGACAUAGAGAAUCGAGAGUCCAACCCACCGCAUCAGCAGCAGCAGGAGGACAUCUCUUUGUCGACCCACGAUUCUUCCUCUUCUCUUGCAAUGUCCUUAACAGCCGCUUCUUCUUCUUCUUCUUCUUCUUCUUCUUCUUCUGCUUCUGCUGCUGCUGCUGCUGCUUCUUCUUCCUCUUCAGAUGUCGUUGCCUCUGAUCCUCCUCCUGCUGGCCGUUCUGCUGGUGAUCGAUCGUCGUCGAUGGCGGCUUCUCGAUUGCUUGAUGGUAUGCCACGUGGCGGGGCCACCGGCACUCGAGUUCAGGUAGUAGGGGUGGGAUGUCGGUCGUGUUAUGCGGGAUCCACUUGCAGCUUCGACAUAAGAUUGUCAUCAGGGGCGUUUUGGCACGACAGUGAGCUGACGAGGAGAAGGGAGCUGAUGGUGAAGAUAGAUGGCCCUUCGCUCUUGGAAGGGGCGGCUCUUCCGGUCACCUCCUCUGGCAGUGGAUUAGAAUGGUCGGUGUCUUAUACCCCCUUCGAUGCCGGCGUCUAUCGUGUGUCUGUCUACGCUGAAUGUGCCAUCCCGCCUCAACCGGGAAUCAACGGCUCUCUCUUCUCCAUUCCCAUCAAGAAUGCACACGACCAGGCUUCGAACACCAUAGCCCGGUUCCGGCUGACUGUGUACAAAGACGAGCCCUCUCCUCGGACGGCAUUGCCGCCUUGCGACGGAGGCUUUUUUGGUCGCUGGCUUCCCCUCACCCCGCCAAACAAGGGCCAUCAUCAUGAUGAUGAUCAUGAUCAUGAUGCUGACGGCGACGUCGUGCACAAGAACGACGACGAUGACGACGAGGAGGAUGACGACGUCGAUGUUGACGUGAACAUCAACAACGACGACGACGUUGACGUCAACAACAACGACGACGACGACGAUGUUGACGUCAACAGCGACGACGACGACGACGACGGGAAGGGGAAGACGAACGGCUAUCGCUGGGAGUUCUUCGACUGCGCGAAGCAGGUAGAUGCGGUCGGGUUCGUGGAAGCGAUGGCGGCGAAGGGGAUCCGAGAGAUAUCGUUCGUCGGGGACUCGCAUAACCGACGGCUGUAUCACCACGUGGCUUAUUUGUUGACGGGCAGCGUUAAGUAUUCGGAGAGGAUCGCACAUAACGACCUGUCGCGCGACGUGUCGGUGGUGGGAGGAGGUAGGAGGGUUAAUCUGACGCUACGGUUCAUCUUUGUCCCCGGACUUUGGGACGGCAGCGGGAGCUAUGGCUGCCCUGUCGAGGCGAAUUUCGAGCGACGGAGGACGACGCCCCAUCUCCCCUCGGGAGGGCUGUUCGUCUUCAACUCCGCUCACUGGACUUACACUUUUUGCCGCGAACCAGAGAUGGCUUAUGCGAGAUACCUGCCGGAUUACUUGGAAUGGGGGAGGAGGCUGGCCGAUCAAGAAGGGUCCAGGUUGGUGUGGAGAAGCACGACGGCCUUCAAUGUGAGGACAUGGGGGUGUCGUUGGGGGUUAUUUGAGUAUGCAAGAAAUUACACCCCCUGGAGGAGAAGGGGGAAUGGCAAAGGGGAGACGUAUCGACCGCCCUUGGGACGAACAAACGCAGGAUUGAGAUUAGCUAACGAAUUCGCAAAGCGCGCCGCCGAUGUGGCUGGCUUUCAGUAUUAUGACAGCUGGCAGGUGGAAGCUCCCUUUUACUUCGACUCAUCUUCCCUGGACUGCCAUUACUCGGAUGUCACCCAAGACGGACGGAUGAGGGGGAUUGUGGGAGAGGCAGUUGCGCGACACUUCAUGAGUUGGGCGGCAACGCGUAUGCGAUGAUGAUUUGGUUGGGGGGGGGAAGGGGGGGCGGGAAGUGGGGGCAAAGGGCGCAAUUAAAGAAGCGGGGGAAAGAAUGCCAGCUUCGUCA